AUGUUAUGUCCCUACGCGUUUCUUAUCAAAAGUGUUAUGAAACAAGGAGAGAUCAAGUCAGUUCUAUCCUUUAUUUCCGUCUACUCACUCUACAUUUUAUUAUUUCCCCAGGUGACAAUCUUGAUAAUGAAGGAAACUUAAACCAAAAGUGUGGAGGACCAUACACUUUGACUUCUUCACAGGAAAAGUCGUUCUUUUGCACCCCAGGUAUCAAGGGUCGGUAUGUGAACAUCCGAAUAGUGGGAAACAACAAGAAGCUGGCCAUCUGUGAGGUGUCAGUUAAUCCUAAUCCAACAGGUGGGCUCUGAACUUCGUCCUUGCAAAUAGGAAGGAGGGAGAAAUGUAAAUGUAGUGGUUACAAAAAUAGCGAGAAAGAUAGGAAGUGUAGUAGUGAGGUAAAUAAAUGAAUCGCCCUGACGAAGGGCUAACGCUCGAAACGUCAGUCUUUAAAGUUUUUAUGGUGGCCAAUUUACGUUUUCAACUCAGUUGUUAACACUACAGCUUCUUUAGAACCUCUAUUAGUGAGGUAAAUAGUUGGGUAAAAGAAAGAAAUACAGGUUGGUAGGGAAGUAGAUAAUCAGAUUGGUAGGCACUAUGAGAGCGAGAGUGUGAAGGAGGUUGGCAAGUAAGCAGGGCAGGCAGGUGAAACAGGAGGCAGGGAGGUAGCAGGGUAGGCAUCUGGGUCUGCAGUCUGAUCGUCCGGGUGAGAGUAGCCAUAGAAAGACUGUUGUCGCUAGUAGUAACUGAGGUUUCGACAACCUUAGCGGAAGUCAUGAGCCGAGUCGGGUGAGGACUAUUUCUAAGUUAUUAGUAAUGGAAAUUUGAGUUGGUUUUCCUGUGGCGAAGCUGUUAGGAGUGGGUUCAUGUGAGCUUCGAAAUUUUAUUUCUCUCAGCACAGUCGGUCACUUUCGUUUCUACUUUAUCAGUAAACCUUGCUUUGAGCAAGUCAGCAUCUCAGUCCUCUGUCUCCUUCGAUGGUUACCCUGUGCGAGCAGUGGAUGGAAAUACUGACAGUGUCUGGAGCUCAAGCAGUUGUACACAUACAAAUGAAACAACAGAUCCCUGGUGGCGUGCGGAUCUGGGAUCAAGUCAGCACGUGUCAGAGGUGUUCAUAGUCAACAGAGUAGAGGCUAAAUUUAGGCUUUCCAAUAUAGAAAUUCGUGUCGGUAAGCUAAAUAUUCCCUGGAAUAUUAUUAAUUUCAUAUCAUUAUUUCAUCUUAUUUACAAGCCCCCAUUCAAAUCAGCUUGCAACUGAACUGCCCCAGUCUGAUAAAUAUUACGAUAAAUAAAUACAAGACAAAAAAAUAGAUUUGGUUCAAAUUUAUGUUAAGAUAUAUACAAUAAAUUUCAUCAACUUUAUCUUACGAUGAGCAUGGUGGCCAUGUUAUUUAGAUAAACUAUUUUGUUACACCUCCCAACACAAAUAAGUUUUCCUAUUGGAGGAGAACGCAAGGCAAAGAAAACUCACUAACUCCCAAGGGAACAAUAACCUAAACUUUCGACUCGCACCUGAGCAUGGCGGGGACCUUAAGACCUCGGCAAAACUGUGCGCCACCCCGAGUCAAGAAAGUUCCAUUUUUUUCAGUGAUUCUCUAGAGUUUGAAGGUAAAUAAAAACACUUAAUGAAUGGCCCUACAUGGAAUAAUAAGUUUUAUUUUCCCUCAAGGAAACAACGUCACGGUUUCCUUUGGGGCCAGCUUUAAGUAUAGCAUUAACCUUGAUUAACUGCACUUCUUCGACUUCAACGAUCAGUGAAGUCUUCUAAAAGAAGUUUUUUUUAUCCCUCAGGAGAUAGUUUGGCAAAUAAUGGAAACUCCAAUCCGAGGUGUGGUGGCUUGCACUCGAUGGCUAAUUUACUCAAAGCUUCGUUUUAUUGCAAACCGAGAAAAACUGGACGAUACGUAAAUAUCAGACUGGUGGGAAGUAGCAUGGUUCUGACUUUGUGCGAAGUGGAGGUGUAUUCCGAAAGUAGAGGUAGCUUAUAGUUUAACUUCUUAAUUAAACUCUCAGAAGUACUUCUCAUGUAACUUCUCCCUCUAAUAUCCAUACAAUAUUCAGCAAAGAGGCAAUGAGAAUACUCAAACUUAUCAGGAAGAAGUUGUCAUCUUGAUCUAACACGAAAUUCUCGUAAAUAAAUUACGUGGAAAAAAUUAACAGCGAUAGCGGAGAAUUAAUCAUCAGAUGUUGAAAAUUAAAGGGUUAAAUCUAAAAGGCUUUCCGCAUGCUCAUAAAUUGACGCACUUUAAUUAAAAUUCUUUCUCUAUAGCUAAAUGUUGGGGGAGAGGAAAGAGCGAAUUGGUAGGGAGGGGGGGAGAAGAAGAGUUGUAGAUCAAUGGCUCAAUAAUGGAUAUCACAAGAGCCUCGUCCGUGUCCAUUUGGUCGUGGUAGACAAACAGCUCGUUGUUAAUUCCUAAUCCCGGUCCGCAGCCCUUAGUUACAGCACUUACAGUAAGAUUGUAACUGAAUACGAACGUAAAUAGUUGGCUUUCUAGAGGGAUUAAAAAAGAUGAUAACAACAUCUUCCUCAUUCUAGCCAUUCUGAAAUACAAGCCAGUAAAACACUCAGUGCAGGACGCCUAUUACCAAACUUCUAUAACUCUGGUCUGUCCAGAGCCUUUCGGUUAUCCUGAACCGUUUGCAGCCUGGGUAAAAGAUGGUGUCGUCCUUCAAAACAGCUCAUCCGACUUGACACUGAAUCUGUCAAUCAUUGCUCAAAGGGAUACUACCAAGUGGACAAUUGACUGUGUGGCCAGCAACAAACAUGGCGCUGAUUAUCACAGAUUUGUUUUGAACUUGCGCAGUAAGUAAAAGAACCGGACCGUUUCAUAAGCGAGAGCCAGGCGUGGAUCUUUUAAUGGAAAACUCUGCUAGGCAGUCCAAGAAUGAAUUCAACGCUCAGAAUAUAGUUUAUCAGUUAUGUCCUGCGAUCAGUCCUUUUCUUUAAAUUAGCGGCUUUAUCGUUGCGUUUUUGAUAUCUGAUACAUAUUUGUGUUCACGGAUUUUCUAACAAAGUUAGCAUCGGAAAGCAUGCGGUGUGUAUGAGUACCAAAUAUCACGUAUUGACAAAUUUUAUUUGAAUUUUCAAUUUCAGUUGACAAGUUUUUACCCAAAUUGACCGAGUUUUUUUUUUUUUCAAGAAAACCACUUAAACAAUGUUGGAGACACAGUGGACAAGUCUCCUGAUAGUCAGUACACUGGAAUCCCGGUCAAGAGGUCUGGGUUCCAUACCUGGUCACGUCAAUGCGUUUUGUUCAUGGGCAAGACACUUUACUCUCACAGUGCAUCUCUCCACCCAGAAUGCAAAUGGGUACCGGCGAAUUUUCAGGGAAGCCUGGUGAAAUGUUGAGGGGUAACCAUGUGACGAACUAGCAUUCCAUCCAGGAGGAAUGGGGGGGUAGGGGAUAGUAAUACUCCUAGUCGCUACAUGCUAUGGAAACUGGCAUAAGCUCCGGUUGGAUGGGCCAGUAGGCUCGAGUACAGACUUUAUCUUACUUAUCUUCACUAAAAGAAUAUGGAAAGAUAUCCUCUCUUUUAUUCAAGGUAGAUAUGCGAUGUGCACGGAAUUCAGAGACCUGGUUGAAGGGACUAGAACAGUUCGUCAUGUAGUGCAUAACCAACAGUCGGCACAAAAUGAUGGGGACAUUGAUAACCGUGCAUGGUACCGAUUUGUUAGUCAAGCCACAGGAACCCCAGUGCAGGUCUGA